AUGAGUCCCAGCAUCUGUUGGCUUUGUAACUUAUUCAGAGACAGCACAAAUGGAAUCAGCUCCAAAAUAAGUCUGGAGGAACUGCUGGAGUGGUCUCAGUCUUUUGAAAAGCUAAUGGCUACCAAAUAUGGGCCUAUGAUCUACAAGGCCUACCUGAGGACAGAAUACAGCGAUGAGAACUUUGAAUUCUGGUCUGCUUGUGAAAAGUACAAGAAGAUUGCAUCACAGAAGAGAAGAACUGCAGUGGCAUGGAAACUUUUCAAGGAGUAUAUCCAGCCUCAAGCUCCAAGGGAGAUUAAUAUUGACAGUCCAGCAAGAGAAGGGAUUAUCACAAACAUUCAAGAACCAACUCAGUCUUGUUUUGAUGAAGCCCAGAAAAUUGUUUACAUGCACAUGGAAAGAGAUUCAUACCCGAGGUUUCUUCAAUCAGAAAUCUAUCAAAAUCUCCUCUUUAAUCUUUCAACUGGAAUGAGUAAACCACUGUCAUCUAUCAAUGAGAGAGUCUGA